AUGAGCGCGCACGAAGAAAGCUUAAAUCCCAAUCAAUAUUUUGAAAUUCGCUCGGAGAAGAUACUCAAGCUUCGUGAGUCCAAAAAUCCAAACCCUUAUCCGCAUAAAUUUCAUGUAGACAUUUCCAUCCCGGUUUUUAUUCAAAAAUAUGGCAGUCUUCAACCCGGCGAGCACUUGACCGAAGUGGUCAAUUUAGCCGGACGUAUUCAUAAUAAACGAGCGUCUGGUGCAAAGUUGAGGUUCUAUGAUCUACAUGGGGAAGGAGUUAAGAUUCAGAUUAUGGCUCAAGCACAGGAUUCCGAACGAGAUUUUGCUGAAGUACAUGAUCUUCUGCGUCGUGGAGAUAUUGUGGGUGUUCGUGGAUGUCCAGGAAAAUCCAAACGUGGCGAAUUAUCUAUAUUUCCCAAAGAUCUCGUAUUACUCUCCCCAUGUUUACAUAUGCUACCGAAAGCCCAUUAUGGAUUUAAAGAUCAAGAAUCGCGAUAUCGACAACGUUAUCUCGACUUGAUUAUAAAUAAUAAUGUUCGAGAGAAGUUUAUUACGCGAGCCAAAAUUGUAAAUUAUGUCAGGAAAUUUUUGGAUAAUCUUGGAUUUUUAGAGGUUGAAACACCCAUGAUGAACAUGAUUGCUGGAGGCGCUACAGCCAAACCAUUUGUGACUCAUCAUAAUGAUCUCAAACUUGAUUUAUUCAUGCGAGUUGCACCUGAAUUGUAUCUCAAAAUGCUUGUGGUAGGAGGAUUAGAUCGUGUCUAUGAGAUUGGACGACAAUUUCGGAAUGAAUCAAUUGAUUUAACACAUAAUCCAGAAUUCACGACGGUUGAAUUUUAUAUGGCAUACGCAGAUAUGUAUGAUUUAAUGGAUAUUACAGAGAACAUGAUAUCAACUAUGGUCAAGCAUAUUACAGGUGGUUAUAAAAUAACAUAUCAUCCUCAUGGACCAGAAGGAGAAGCUUAUGAAAUCGAUUUCACCCCACCUUUCCGAAGGAUUAACAUGAUCGAGAGACUGGAGGAGAAACUUGGAGUAAAAUUCCCACCACCCUCGGAACUUCAUUCGGAUGAAACUAAUAAAUUUUUAAAAGAACUUUGCGAGAAAAAUCAAGUUGAAUGCUCUCCGCCACGAACAAAUGCUAGAUUACUUGAUAAACUUGUAGGCGACUUUAUUGAAGUGGAAUGCGUAUCUCCGACAUUUAUUAUCGGUCAUCCUCAGAUGAUGUCUCCACUGGCAAAGAGUCAUCGAGAUAUUAAUGGUCUUUGCGAACGUUUUGAACUUUUUGUAGCUACAAAAGAAGUAUGCAAUGCGUAUACUGAAUUAAACGAUCCGUUUGAUCAACGAGAACGCUUCGAGGAGCAAGCACGGCAAAAAGCCCAAGGAGACGAGGAAGCGCAACUUAUCGACGAAACUUUUUGCACAAGUUUAGAGUAUGGACUACCACCUAC